AUGGCUUCCGAGCAGACCUUCAUCAUGAUCAAGCCUGACGGCGUUCAGCGUGGCCUCGUCGCCCCCAUCAUCAGCCGCUUCGAGAAGCGUGGCUACAAGCUUGUCGCCUUGAAGAUGGCCGAGCCCAGCGAGCAGCUGCUCCGUGAGCACUACGCCGACCUGCAGGAGAAGCCCUUCUUCCCUGGUUUGCUCAAGUACAUGCGCUCCGGCCCGGUUGUCGCCACCGUCUGGGAGGGUAAGGACGUCGUCAAGACUGGCCGCACCAUCCUCGGUGCCACCAACCCCUUGGCUUCCCAGCCGGGCACCAUUCGCGGUGACUUUGCCAUUGAUGUUGGUCGCAAUGUCUGCCACGGCUCGGACUCUGUCGAGUCCGCCAAGAAGGAGAUUUCUCUGUGGUUCAAGCCCGAGGAGGUCUUCCGCUACAAGCCCGCCACUUUCGACUGGAUCUACGAAUAA